UAUGUGUGGCAAUUCUAUACGAGGUUCGUGUAUUUAUGCAUUGUGUUUGUGUCUUUCUAUCCGUGAAUUCACAAUAAAACAACUAUUUUGUUACCUUGUUCUCAUUGUAAUUGAAUUAUUUAAACAAAAGCGAUAAAAAUAACAUAAUGGCUGACAUAAGCGUUGUGCGCGAGGCUGAUUUACGCAAAAAAGAGAUAUGUCGCUUCUGUCUGUCUCAAUCGAGCAAACUUCUCGACUCCAUUUAUGUUGAAAACAAACGCAUAAAAUCAACUGCAUCGCUGCCGCUGCAAAUAAUGGCCAUUACAUCUAUUGAGGUGAACAACGAAGAUGGAAUGCCCAGCUAUAUUUGUUUGGAUUGUCGUCUACUCUUCGAGCACUGUUAUCGCUUCAAACAGAUGUGCAAAAAUGCAGAGACCCUUUUGCGGCAAUAUCCACUCACCGGCAAGUGGCCAGAGCCUCUGGAGAAACCACGAGCACCGUUGGUGUCCAUUCAACCGAUGAAGAAGCCGUUGCCGAACGAAGUGCAACCCAAGAAACUGCUCAAUUCUAUGGCCAAAUCCAACAAUGUGACCAUUGAGAGUGUGCAGGUGUUGGAGACCAGUGCUGUGACCAAGAAGCUGCUCAAUGUGGCUGCAGUUAACACAGCGGAGCCCGCUGUUCCUCCACGAUCCUCACCUGCCAAGCGUCCUCAAUCACAGUCGUAUCAGGUGAAGUUGGAGAAUAGCGAGGAACUGUCCAUGGAUGAUGUGCACAACUUGAUAGCUGACAUGGCAUUGGAGGAAUUGGAUAAUCCGACGACAUCGCCGGUUAAAAGUGUGUCUGGCAAACCAAAAGUCCUUAACAAAUCCUCGAUGCGCAUACUUAAUAAAGGGAGCAGUGCGACGGUGGAGCCCCGCCUAGCUACUCCCCAGUUGAAACACUAUGAGGAUGGAAAUGUGGCGCUGGUUACGGAAAUUCUCGAUCCCAAUGAGAUCGAUGCGGCUGCAGAUCCCGUAAAGAAUGCCGAACCCGUGGCAACCAAUGUGUUCCCAUGUCCGCAUUGCGAGCGUUCAUUUCCGCUGAAUCAGCUGCUCGAUAUACACAUGGUGAACCAUUCACGGGAGCGUAGUUUCCAAUGCACCGAGUGCAACAAGAGCUUCUUCUCCAAAUACGAUCUGCAGAAGCACAACUUUAUACAUACGGGCGAGCGUCCGUACAAGUGUAGCAUCUGCUCCUCCUCCUUCACCCGUCGCGCCUUGUUGCAUCGUCACGAACGCAUCCACACGGAUGUGCCCAAGUUCAUUUGCCUGUACUGUGAGAAGCCCUUCAUCUCGCGGGAGGAGAUGGAGAAGCAUGCGGAGCGUCAUACCAAGAAUCGACCCUUCCAGUGUGGCGUAUGCCAAAAGUCGUUUGCCUUUAAGCAAGGAUUGGAGCGACACGAGGUGAUUCACAGCUCCAACUUGCCUUUCCCUUGCCAGUAUUGCACUAGGAGCUUUGUGACCGCUGGCAAGUUGGCUCGUCAUCUGCAGGCACACGCUGGGAAGCGUGCUUAUCCCUGCAAGUAUUGCAACAAGUCGUAUCUGUUGUCGCAUCAUCUGUCGCGGCACUUGCGGAUGCACAAACAGGCACCGGCUGCCUCCUUCAUAUGCAGCAUUUGCAAGGACACGCACGAAACCUACGACAGCCUGGUGGAUCACUCGGCUAUCCAUGCCAGCGUCUCCUAUGUCUGUCCGCUGUGCAAGGCGAGCGUUACGGACUACGACAGCCUGGAGUCGCACAUGCAGGCGCACAAGGAGAGCGAGCGACAUGCCUGCGAGUUUUGUGACUUUAUAUUCCUGAACUCAAAUCAAUUGCAGAAGCAUAUCGAGGAUGAUCAUGUGGUGGACAUGGUUCCAUAUCAAAAUGAAGGCGAUUACGCUCUGGCUGACAAAGCUGUGAAGGAAGAGUCCGAAUUGCUGGAAGAAUUACUUGGCGAAGAUGAUUCCUCAUCGCCACCUAAGGCAAAGGUACGCAAAUUGAAUCCCAACACCAGGGCAGAAGCGACCGAAAGAAGGGAAACUAAAUCAGAGCACAAGCCGCAUAAAAAGGAGUCAUCUUCAUCGAGAGAUUCCAAAAAGUCCAGUGCCUCCGCUGCUUCCGUCUCCCCGGAAGGCAAACGUUCGACACGCAGCAAAGAGAUUAAGGAAAGAGGAACAACCAAGUCAAGUGAUUCAGCUAGAAAAGUGACCAAGCCAGUGGAAGAUCAUUCAAGAAAAGGAGGAAGCAAGCAAAGGAACGGCAAGAUGACAAAGUCCUCAAGCUCAAAAUAAAGUCAUCGUAUUUUUGAGACAUAAUUCAAACUAAAUAUUUCAACUAACAGUCAGUCCAAUAUUUAUUCGUGCACUCAGUUACUAUACUUCAACGAUCAAGUUUUUUAUGCUAAAGUUUAAUAUUUUUGUACUCAUGAUAGCAGUUAUUUUUUAAAUGUAUGCAGGGAGCAUUUUUUUUUAAAUUGUAAAAAUAUUUUAAAAUCAGAGUAUCUCUCAUUAUUGUGUUUUGGGUGCUUUAUAGUUGAUCCCCUAACUUGUAUCUUUAAAUUAAUUAAUUAUCCGUUCUUGAGUUUGCUUUUCUUAAGAUCAAAUUCAAAAGUUACAAAAAGAGUUUGAAAUGACGAUCUAACAAUUUUCUUAGUAUUAAAUUCAAUAAUACAAUAAUUUAUAUAUGACCAAUAUUUUUUAAACACGAGUGUACGAAUAUUUGUGGAGUUGAGUGUAUAAAAUGAAUGGGAUGCAGAUAAAACAAUGCUUACCUGCUUCACAAUAGAAACUAGCUUUAGUU